AUGGGUGGUAAAAUUGAUUCUUCAAUCAAUAGAGGAAAUGCUCCAUACAUUUUCAGACUUGGUGGUCAAAAUUAUCAUAGUAUUGGAAGCCUUUUACCACCAGAUGGAUCGCAACCAAAAUUCUCUCAGUUAUACAUUUAUGAUACGGACAACGAAAAUUCAAAUAGACAGAGAUGUUUUGGUGGGGAAAAACAUCAAUCUACAUCAAUCGAUAAUGAUAUUAUUGAAGAUUUGAAGUUGAUGUUAGGUUUAAAUAAUGUCUUGGUUAGCUCUUAUAGGAUGGUAAGAGAUACUUUUAAAAAAUAUCCUCAAGUUGAUAUGAAGUUAAAAAUCAUCGGCAUAAGAGAUCGAGAUGGAAGGACAUAUAACCUACCAACUGCUUCUGAGGUUGCCGCUUUAAUUAUAGGUGACAUUUCUGAUUCAGUUGAAAAUAGAGAUAUCGUUGUUGAAACUAAGUCGGGAUUUCUACAACGUAUCAGUGAAUUGCAUCCUUCUUACCUUCCUCUCCAAUAUCCGCUACUAUUUCCAUAUGGAGAUGAUGGUUACAGCGUUGAUAUUCUUCAUAGAGGUGUUACAUCUACAACAAACAGCAAGCGCGCAAAAUAUGCUUAUACCAUGAUUGAAAGUGAGAGAUUGUAUUACAUACGUAGGCAACAACAUGUUCUUAGAUGCGAGUCAUAUGAGAAUUUACGUAACCAAAAAGCUCAAGGAACUACAGAUAUCUCCAACGUCGGCCAACAUGUGAUAUUACCUUCAUCUUUUAUUGGUGGUGAGCGCUAUAUGCUCCAGAACUAUUUGGAUGCCAUGUCGUUAUGUAAAUGGUUUGGAUAUCCUGAUUUCUUCAUAACCUUUACGUGUAAUCCCAAAUGGUCAGAGGUUAAAAGGUUUCUUAAAGAUACUUCACUUCAACCAGAAGACAGACCUGAUAUACUAUGUAGGUUGUUCAAGAUCAAGCUUGAUGCAUUUAUUAAAGAAUUAAGGGAGAAUCACAUUUUUGGCAUAGUUCAAGUAGUUGUUUAUACAAUUGAAUUUCAAAAAAGAGGUUUGCCCCAUAGUUAUAUAUGUCUAUUUAUGCAUUCUGACUAUAAGCCGCCCACUGUUGAAUUUAUCGAUCCGCUAAUUUCCGCUGAGAUACCAAACAUAGAUGAAGAUCUAGAAUUAUAUUCUCUUGUGAACGAGUUCAUGAUUCAUGGUCCAUGUGGCGCUGAAAAUAUGAAUUGUCCUUGUAUGGUCGACAAAAAGUGCUCGAAAAACUUUCCAAAACAAUUCUGUAAUCAUACGCCUGUUGAUCAGAAUGGUUUUCCAUUAUAUAGGAGAAGAAACGAUGGUCAUUUUGUUGAAAAAUCGGGCGUGAAGUUGGAUAAUAGAAAUGUUGUCCCUUACAACAAAUAUCUAUUCAAAAGAUAUCAAGCACAUAUUAAUGUUGAAUGGUGCAAUCAGGGUUCUUCUAUAAAGUAUUUAUUUAAAUACAUAAACAAGGGACCUGAUAGAGCUACAAUUGGCAUUGUACGAAGCAAUAACGAGUGUGAUACUAAUGAUGCGGUUGAUGAAAUAAAUGAGUACUACGACUGUAGAUAUUUAUCUGCAUGUGAAGCAUCAUGGAGAAUUUGUAAACAUGAUGUUCAUUACAGGUAUCCUUCUGUGGUUAGAUUGCAUUUUCAUCUUCCUGGUCAACAACAAAUUAUACAUGGGGAAGACGAUGAUAUUGACGAUGUUCUGGACAAACCUUCUAUUGCUUCUUCAAUGUUCACAGCUUGGAUGGAGUGUAAUGCAGUUAAUGCUGAUGCACGGAAACUUACGUAUGCUGAAUUUCCUACAAAGAUAUUGUUAAAUAAGGUGAAAGGUCCCAAAUCAUUUGAAGAAAUUCGCACAGUAAAUGGUGAAGAAUAUUCCUCUUUUAGAGAUGCUUGUUAUGCUCUUGGUCUCUUGGAUGAUGACAAGGAAUACAUCGAUGCAAUCAAAGAAGCGAGUCAUUCUGGAUCUGGUUUUUACCUACGAUUCUUAUUUGCUACAUUGUUGAUGUGUAAUAGUAUGUCUAAACCGGAGGUUGUUUGGGAAAACACAUGUGAAUAUUUGGCAGAUGAAAUUCUUUAUAACCAACGACAGAGAUUCAAGUCUCCAGACUUAUCACUCAAUGAAGUUCAACUUAAGAACUUAAAUUUGUUCGAGAUAGAACAAGUUUUACUUCGGAACAACUUGAGUCUAAAAAAUUAUAAAAACAUGCCUAUCCCGGAUGUUGAUUAUGUUUCUUCUUCAAACAAUCGACUUAUCAUCGAGGAGCUAGAUUAUGACAUUCCCAUUAUGAAGACUGAGUUUGAUCGUCUGAGAUCUUCAACAUCCAAAGUUUCAUCUAUUGUGGUGUCUUCUCAGUUUAGAAGUUCGACACUCAGGUCAACCUGUAGUCUGGUCGUCAAAUUUGCUACUACCGUUGCUCCCAAGUACACUUCAUUGAAACCAUUGGGUGACAGAGUGUUGGUAAAAAUCAAGGCUGCAGAGCAGAAAAGUGCAAGUGGUAUAUUACUCCCAUCCACUGCAUAA